CCUGGAAAACAGUAACAGAGAGUUCAAUCAACUAAAAUUAUUAUAUUUCGUUUAAAAUAUCUUAACAUUUAAAGGCGCGCAAAAAUGCCAGCUCACGUGGAUUUAACACUAGAGGAAAUGACCAGGAUUGCUUUGGGUGUGCCUGAGUUGACCCACGUAAACGUGGCUGUACUCCAAAGUCUCAUAAAUGUCCUUCUCAAGAAACUCAACUGCCAGAAUGAUAUGGUGAGGAUUAGUGGCUUCGAGGGCAAGUGUAUGGAGCGUAUCCUCGAGCAGUCCAAGAUAUCCCCACUGCCCUUCGAUGUGGAGGCAAUCGUUCCCAUUUCCGAGCAAUUGGACAAGGUGCAGGAGUUGGAAAAACGCAUCAAGCAGCUGGAGUGCAAGUUGGAGUGUCACUUUCAGCAGAUUCGCAUUUGCAACAAGGCCAAGGACAAGAAGUACAAGAUCAAUCAUGCCGAACAGUACGCCUCUCCUUGCGAGGAUCUGUGCACCGUUUGCGACGAGGACAACAAGAUAGCCUGCAGUCUAUUGGGCAACAUGGACUUUAUGAAAAAGCUGAUGCGACGCAUAGCCACACCGAUUCUGAACCGAAUGGAGGAGGUCAGCCUCAAGCUGGAGAAGUUCUACAUUACACUUCAGUCUUUUCUUAAACAAACCGAAGCUCUAUUUACCCGCUUGGAAAUAGUCAAGCAAUGUGUGGUGGAGAUCGAGGGUCUGAGGACUCUAGUUCAGGAAUACAACCUCACUUUCCUGGGAACCAUGGAGGAACUGCAGGAUAUGCUGGACAGCAAGCUGGACAAGGUGCAUAUGCCUGCUCUAAAGAAGUAUAUACGAGAUCGCUUCGAUGAUAUCGAUCGCCGGCUGAGAUUGAUUGAGGAUAAGGAUGCAUGUCCCAGAGCCGCUGGAUUUAUCAAUACGGGGCUAUGCUGUCUAUCCUGUAAUAGUCCCAAAGUGGGAGUCGAAGUGGGUCCUCAAACAAUGGGACUAUUCCCCGACGCUCCGGUCAGGCACAUGCCUCCCAAGUUGACUGGGUCACCGGUCAAUUGCCAGAAGACCGUGGUCUGUAGAUCCGUCGAGAAGGAACCCACCUUAAUGGUGCGGGUAAACAAUCUCGAUUUGAGUGUCCUUGCACAUCGCCUCAGUCGUCCUGCCUCAGGAAAAGUCUGCAAGUUGCCCGAAGCUAAUGACGCCAUCUAUGGCGUUCGCAAUUCCUGUAUAUCCGGUUAAACCCUCUGGCCAGUACUAGUAUAACUUACUGCUAGUCGCCAUCCAAAUCGAUUAGUUUAUGCAAUAAAGAAUACAACGCAAGGCUGUGUCCGUUAAGCCGCGUAUAAGAAGUGCACUAA